CCUUCAGUACACACAGAUCUCAUCCUCUGGUUGCUCUGGUGUUGCGUUUUUGGUAGUUGUUGCUGUUGCUGUUGAUGCUUCUGCCCGAUAUGUAUUAAUAACAUAAUAUACACAUUCAUUAUUUAGUUGGACCAUUUAGUUAAUGGUCAGUCAGUCGUUCGUCGUCUGCCGAAAGGAUCGCAACCCAGUUUAAGCCUAACGCGGCGCAGUGACCGAAACCGUUCCUUCCUUUCAGCGGAAGCGGGAGCAAGUGAGCUAGUUAGAAUUAGCCGGAUUUUGAUGGUAGUUUCCCUCGGGAAAUAAAGAAAAACCUGUUUGGAGUGCCAUAUAUACACGGAAUAUCAAGUGCCUUUGAAGGAUACCAGCAAGUGAGGAUCAAGUGAUUUUGGAGAAAAAAAAAUUCUAGUGCGAAAAGUAUACUGAUUUCCAAGAAAAACAACGAAUUUUGGUGUGGAACCUCACAAGCAGAAACGGAGAAUAAAUUGCUGUGUUAUAAUCGAAGUUUGGUUUCGUCGUAAAUUGAAAAUUACUAUCAUUUAUGAGAAGAAGAUCCCGAGCGGGCAAAAGUUUGAAGCGUUCGUGCAAUUUUGUGGACGGAUAGCUCUGUGUGUGGUGAAGUGCCUUAGGAUCGAUCCAAUUUGUCGAACAUCGACUCGGAAGGAUAUACCGCCCCGAGAGUGUUGUACUGGUGGGUUUGGCUGGUCUCUUAGAAGUUUAGACAAUCGUUCCCGAUUUCCAGCCUCGUCGACACCCCGCCUAGUGAGUGGACUGCUGCUGCUGCAGAAGAUUAAGAUAAUUCAAUCCAAACGAUUUCGAUUCUUGCAAGAUAAUGUUCGCCAGUGGUAGCCAUCGAUUUAAUCGGUUGAAUCUGUGAUUUCACUACUGAGAUUUUGGAGAAACGUUUUUUGUGUGUUCUUUUCGCGGGCGGCUCCGAGAGCAGCAGGUCAAACGAACUUUUAUGGACGCAUUCGAUAGCAGAUAGCACCCACUUAGCAGCAAUAUGAGAUAUUUACAAGUUAUAGUAUUUAUAGUAGCGUACCAAAUUAGUUUAUCCUAUUCAAGGCGGUUCUUCGUCCGGCACAAACGACAACAUGGCAGCAAUCUGUACCUAUCGGAGAGCUACAUCAUCCCGGGCGGGGACGAAUCGUCCUCCGACUGGGGUCCCUGGGGCACCCCGUCGGAGUGUUCGCGCAGCUGUGGCGGUGGUGUGUCCUAUCAGAUACGCGAGUGUCUCAAUCUGAGUCCAGAUGGUCAGCCGCAAUGCCGAGGAGGCAGCCGAAAGUAUUUUUCCUGCAACAUACAGGACUGCCCGGAGGGUGAGAUAGACUUCCGCAAGCGGCAGUGUUUCGAAUAUAACGACGUACCGUUUGAGGGUCACCGCUACCAAUGGGUGCCGUAUACGAAGGCUCCGAAUCCUUGCGAGCUGAAUUGUAUGCCCAUCGGCGAACGGUUCUACUAUCGUCACAAGACGAAGGUUACCGAUGGGACACGCUGUAACGAUGAUUCCUUCGAUGUUUGUGUCGAUGGUGCAUGCCAAGCCGUCGGCUGUGAUAUGAUGCUGGGAUCGAAUGCUAAAGAAGACAAGUGUCGCGUCUGCCGGGGCGAUGGGAGUGGCUGUAGAACGGUCACUGGUGUGCUGGAUAUGAACAAUCUGCAGGUCGGCUACAAUGAUCUCCUGCUGGUACCAGCUGGAGCAACGAAUGUUGUGAUCAGCGAACGUGGUCCAUCGAACAACUAUCUGGCGAUUAGGAAUCUUACCGGGUUCUACCACUUAAACGGCAACUAUCGUAUCGAUUUUCCUCGCGCCCUCCAAUUUGCCGGCGCCGAUUGGCACUACGAACGUCGGCCGCAGGGUUUUUCAGCUCCGGACAAGUUAACCUGUUUGGGACCUACAACCGAACCAGUAUACCUGGUACUACUAUCUCAAGAUCGAAAUGUUGGUGUAAACUACGAAUACAGUGUGGCGUCCAAAUUGGCUCCGGUCGAUGAACCGGAUACCUAUUCGUGGACCUUCACUCCGUACGACACGUGCUCGGCUAGCUGUGGAGGUGGCGUACAGCACCGCAACGUCACAUGCAACAGUCGCACAACGAUGAAGGAAGUGAAGGAUGGACUGUGCGAUGCCGCUUUGAAGCCGGAAGAAUCUCAACGGUGCGCACAGGAAGCAUGCCCACCGCGGUGGAUCGAGAGCGGCUGGGGCAACUGUUCGAUGCCGUGUGGCCAAGAGGGCAAGCAGAUGCGUGAUGUGCACUGCGAAAGGAUAUCCGAAGAAGGUAUUCCAACGAAGGUGGAUGACUCGGUAUGCCUCGAGAUGGUUGGAAACAAACCGGCAACGGAGCAGGAAUGCAACCGUGACACAAUUUGUCCAGAGUGGUACAUCGGGAAGUGGUCUCCUUGCAACAAAUUGUGCGGAGAGGGUGAGCAAACCCGGAAGGUUACCUGCUAUCGCAAAGAAAAUGGGCGCAUAACGGUGCUAAGCGAUGAAGAGUGUGUCAAUGAUAAACCAGAUAUUGCACAGUCCUGUAUGCUGCGGCCUUGCGAAGGUGUUGAUUACAUUACUUCUUCUUGGAGUGGGUGUGAGGAAUGCGGAACGACGGUGGAAACUCGAACAGCCUAUUGUGCUUCCAAAGCAGGCACGGUGUAUGACAACAAAUUCUGCGAAAAACGUGAGCUACCAGAGCUCAAGCGUGAGUGCAAAUCCGUGCCGUGUGAGUACCAGUGGUUCACUUCGCAGUGGAGUAAGUGUUCGGCGGUCUGCGGUAAGGGUGUUCAGACACGAUCCGUGGUGUGUGGCAUGUUCGAUGGGCAAUCGCUGAAAAGAGCGGAUGAUGAUUACAAGUGCGAUGUUGCCAUGAGACCGGAGAAGGAACGGGACUGUGAUGGACCGGACGAGUGUCCAGGUCAGUGGUUCACCGGACCCUGGACUGGUUGCUCGAAGGAUUGUGGAGGUGGCUUCAAAUCACGUAAGGUACUGUGCAUCGCUAAUGGAACCGUGGUGGCCGAGACUAACUGCAAGGUAGAUACGAUUGAAUUAAGCACCGAGAAUUGCAAUAGCCAUGAUUGUACGGAUGAUGAAAUCAUACCCGUGGACGUGACAAGUAAACCAUUGGAAGAGUCCGACUACGAUGAAGAAGAAUGGUGCGAGGAAGAGGAGGAAUCGAUUGAAUCGCAAGAAGGCGUUAUUAUGAUCACGGACGACAGUGAUUUGGUGGAAGGAGUUGAGCUGGAAACACCAGAGGGUACCACAGAAUCAUCGCUGGAAACAGAUGAAGUAAUGCUGAGCGAUGCAACCGGAUUUGAAACUGGUCUUACCGAUGCUGAUACGGCAACCGAUGUAUCUCCUAUGGAAGGAUCUGGCUUUGAUAUAGAUGUUCGUUUUAUUGACGGUUCGGGAGAUGAAAUAGAAGAAAUAGAGGAAGAGGAAGAUGAAGAAGUUUCUACAACUCCUGUUGCUGAAGUUGAAUCUACUUCACGUUCCGUUUCCGAAGGAUCUACCUUGGAGCCGCUAUCGUCCAUCAAGGAACACACAUCGGAAUCAUCAACAGAGUCUGCUUCAGCAGCUACCUCUGAAAGUUUGUUGGAACUCUCAUCCGAAGGAGGGUCAACAGAUGUGCCAACGGAGGGUUCGACACAACAUUCGACAGGUGCAUCAUCAGAAACUUCAACUGAUAUUUCAAUCGACAGUAACGAUGCUUCAAGCACUGAAUCAUCUGCUUCUCCGGCUUCCUCUACUUCCGUCGAUAGCUCUGCUUCCGAAGCCUCUUCCGAGGGUUCGACUGAGAUUUCCACAUCCUCUGACUCUUCAAUGGAAGCCAGUAGCUCGCAAUCGUCCACAGCUGAUAGUUCCACCUACUCAUCGGAUUCAACAUCGGAGAUCGCAUCUACUGAAAUGGAAGAAUCGACUGAAUUCAGCUCGACGACCGAGUCCGCAUCAUCAACUGACACUUCGGAUGCUUCGUCUGAUGCGUCGAGCACCGACGAAAGUUCUGACGUCACCACAACUGACGAUUCUACCGAGACAUCCUCGGACGCAUUAUCCACCGAUGGUGAAACGAGCGAACCCUCAACGGAUACUUCCACCCAGGCAUCAGCCUUAGUGGAAACAUCUGAGUCGUCGACAGAUGACACUUCAACGGAUUCAUCUGCGUCAACCACUAAUUCUGGUUCCAGCGAAUCUGCCAGCGAAAUUUCAUCAACUGUAGAUGCAGAUCGUAGUACAGAUGUCACCACGGAAAUCGGUACCGAUGUGUCUUCGUCGGAUUCAGUAGGAACCUCCACUGCAACCGAAGCAUCGGAUGCAACGACUAGCGACUCUGUUUCUUCCGAAGCCACCGACGCGUCUUCCACGGAACCGUCGCUAUCAACCGAAUCGGCUGAGUCAACUGUUACCGAAGAUACCGCUUCCACCCAGGAAGCAUCGAGCACUGAAGGGGCGGCGACAAUGUCCUCGAUUAGUGACGCAUCAUCUGAAUCAACUACUGAGGGCAUAACCGAAUCCACCGAUGACUCAUCUACGGUGGAAUCCACUGAUGUAGAGGGAACCACAAUCAACAUAUGGCUAGGAACAGGCGGAGACGAGGAGAGUUCCAGCACCCCGUACACGCUCACGUCGAUUAUAUCGAAAGAGCAGAAGCCCCGAAAAUGCAAACCAAGACCGAAGAAGCCCUUGUGUGCCAAGUCGAAGUUCGGAUGCUGUCCGGAUGGAAAGAGCAAAGCGACAGGACCAUUCGAUGAAGGCUGUCCACUGCCAGAGACAUGCAAGGAAACAAAGCACGGAUGCUGUCCGGACGGAGUAUCACCAGCGAAGGGAGCUGACGGGAAGGGUUGUCCUAAGUCGGAUUGCGCCGAUACACUAUUCGGAUGCUGUCCAGAUAAGGUUACUCCCUCGGAGGGCAAUGAUUUCGAGGGAUGCCCCGUGGAAACGACUACAAUGGGAGGAUGCGCAGCAAGUGAGUAUGGUUGUUGCUCGGAUGGUAUUAGCGAAGCGACUGGUGCGGACGGAGAGGGUUGUCCAGGAGUUAGUAAAACCGCGGAGGAUCAGGUUCUGGAAACUGCAACGGACGAUGAAGUUGCGACCGUCACACCACUCGAUGGAUGUGCGGGAAGCAGCUUCGGAUGCUGUGGAGAUAAUGUUACCGCCGCCAGUGGACCAAAUGGAGAGGGUUGUGAAGCGUGUGCUACGGAGCCGUUCGGAUGUUGUCCGGAUGGAAAGACGCCCGCUCAUGGACCAAACCGGGAGGGCUGUUGUAUCGAAACACCAUAUGGAUGUUGUCCGGAUAAUAUUAACCCGGCACGAGGCCCAAGCUUGGAAGGAUGUGGCUGCGAGUACUCCCCGUAUGGUUGCUGUCCGGAUAACACGACAGCGGCCCGCGGUUACUACAACAUGGGUUGUGGCUGCCAACAUUCAGAAUUCGGGUGCUGUCCGGAUAAGGAAACCAAUGCACUGGGAUCGAAUUUCGAGGGUUGCCCUUGUCACGCCUUCCAGUUUGGAUGCUGUCCGGAUGGAGUCACUGCGGCGAAGGGACCGCAGAACCAUGGCUGCCAUUGUACGUACAGUGAGUUCAAGUGCUGUUCCGAUGGAAAAACGGCUGCGCAAGGACCAAACUUCGAGGGAUGCACAUGCGCCACCAGCAAGUAUGGCUGUUGUCCGGAUGGAGUUAACGAAGCCCAGGGAAGUAAGUUCGAGGGAUGUGAAGUUGUGCCCGAGUCGCCACAGAAGGCUUGUGUGCUCAAGAAGGACAUGGGCACAUGUCACAAUUACACUGUUAAGUAUUUCUUCGAUAUCGAGUACGGAGGUUGCGGAAGGUUCUGGUACGGUGGAUGUGAAGGAAACAAGAAUCGCUUCGAUUCGGCCGAUGAGUGCAAGAAUGUGUGCGAGAUGCCGGAAGGGAACAACAGGUGCCAACUACCGAAGAUCACGGGACCGUGCACUGGGUAUUACCCGAUGUGGUAUUACGAUGCGGACAGAAAUAUGUGCGCACAGUUUACCUACGGAGGGUGCUUGGGUAAUGCGAAUCGGUUCGAAACACAGGAGGAGUGUAAGACAUCCUGCGUGGUGGAUGAUUCGAUGCCACCUUGCGACCAGCCUCAGGAGAGUGGACCGUGCAAUGGAACCUUCGAGCGAUGGUACUUCGACAAGGAACGGGAUUCCUGCGAACCAUUCCUGUACGGUGGCUGCAAAGGCAACAAGAAUAACUAUCCAACGGAAAGCUCGUGCAGUUAUCAUUGCAAGAAACCGGGAGUUCACAAGCCAAGCUGCACAUUGCCAAUGGACGCUGGCAGAUGUGAUGGUAAGCUGGCCCGUUGGCACUUUGCCAGGGACGAUAAUAAAUGCAUGCCCUUCUACUACACUGGUUGUGGUGGCAAUGAUAAUCAAUUUAUCUCGCUGGAUCAGUGCGAAGAGCAGUGUCCACCGAAGGUCGAAAAAGACAUCUGCUUCUUGCCGGCUGAGAUCGGAGAGUGCCAGAACUAUACGGCUCAUUGGUACUUCGACACGAAGGAUUCGCGCUGUCGACAGUUCUACUAUGGCGGAUGCGGUGGCAAUGGGAACAACUUCGCGGAAGAGCAGGAUUGUAUCAGUCGGUGCGCCUCAGGAGAGGAGAAGCAGCCAGCACCGGUUCCGGAAACACUACCACAGGAAAGUUUCGAUACCCGGUACUGCUUUCUGGAGAUGGACUCAGGCGAUAGGGAUUGUUCAACGUGGGAGAAUCGAUAUUUCUACGAUCGCAGCUCGGGAACCUGUAUGGCUUUCACGUACACUGGCUGCGCUGGUAAUGAGAAUAAUUUUGCUAGCUUCGAGCAGUGCGACCAUGCGUGCGGUCAGGCUGAGGAUGCCUGUACACUGCGACCAGCCUACGGACGGUGUUCCGAGAACGAAACACGCUGGUACUUUGACCAGAGAAGCCAGCGUUGUCACUCGUUCACAUUCAGUGGGUGCCAAGGCAAUGCUAACAACUUCAACACGGAACACGAAUGCGAACGACAGUGUAGAACAGCUCCGGAACCGGAGCAGGUUGUCGAACCCGAGCCUGUUCCAGCUCCUGCUCCCGCACCGGCCGAGAGUGUGUGCGAUGAACCAUAUGAUUAUGGCACUGGCUAUGAACCGACAAUAGUGUAUGUUUACAAUAAGGAGAGAGCGUCCUGUGAGCAGAACUACUACAGCGGCGAGGGUGGCAAUGGAAAUAGGUUCACCUCGCAGGAGCAGUGUGAGAGGCAGUGCGGCGAAUAUCGAGGAGUUGACGUAUGCCAGGAGGCCCGGGACAGCGGACCAUGCGACGAGACCAUUCCUCGGUUCUUCUACGAUUCGUAUUCACGCAGCUGUCAUCCGUUCAACUACAGCGGUUGCGAGGGCAACGGUAAUCGCUUCGCCGAGAUCAACGAAUGCGAGCAGACCUGUGUGGACAAACAAGAUUUGUGCACCCUGGUGCCACAGGUAGGCCGAUGUGCCACCGUGGAUCCGACCUACCAAAAGCGAUGGUAUUACGAUCCCGAGCGAGAGACUUGUUUUGCGUUUAUUUACAGCGGUUGCGGCGGGAAUCGUAACAACUUUUUGUCGUACGAUCAGUGCCGCGAUCGGUGCGACCGUCUGGAGUUUAACAACGAGGUGGAUCCAUGCGAAAGCCACAACGAGGAGUGCCGUAAGAUCCAUUGUCCGUACGGAAUCGCCAGGUCGUACGAUCCAAACAAUGACUGUGAGAAGUGCUCUUGCGUGGAACCUUGCGCCAAUGCACGCUGUCCGGAGGGAACCGAAUGCGUGGUAGACCUGCAGAGCGACUACAGCGAUGGUAGCGCGUUUGUCGCGAUCUGUCGAUCAACAACGAAGGAGGGCGAGUGUCCACGACUGGUCAAUGCAACGGUAUGCCAGGAUGCCUGCCGUACGGAUGCCGACUGUCGAGGUGAUAACAAAUGCUGCCAGGCUGGAUGUGCCACGGUUUGUGUUCCUCCAGCAGAGCCAACGUUGGAAGAGAAACCUGAGCACGUGCCGGGAGCUCCGGCACCUCCGGUGCUCGAGUCCGUGCCAGAGGAGGAGCUGGAUAUCAAAUCCGAGGAAGGAGGCAUCGCCACGUUGAAAUGCUUUGCAACUGGAUUCCCGCCACCCUCGAUUCGAUGGAAAAAGGGAGAAAUUGUCCUGAACACCAACCAGGGACGCUUCGUACUAACGUCAAGCGGAGACUUGCAGAUUGUCCAACUGCAUCGUACCGACAGCGGAACUUACGUUUGUAUCGCUGACAACGGAAUCGGUGAGCCUGUUCUGAGGGAAGUCAAACUCCAGGUCAACGAUCCUGUCCCGCGAGAUGCUUACAUCGUCGGUCCCGCGAACGAUACUCAGAUUGCGGAACUGAACCAACCGACGUCGAUACGUUGUCCGGCUGGAGGCUUCCCAAAACCGAUCGUAACCUGGUGGAGGGAAACAUACAUGAUGCCCAUAAAGCUAAUCAAUCGUGACUACUCGCUACAAUUCACCCGUCUACGGUUGGCCGACCUUGGUCCGUAUGUUUGUCAAGCUUACUCUGGUGCUGGUAAGGGCAUCUCCCGGACAGUGACGCUUAAAGCGUAUGGUCCCGUGCCUAUAACCGAUCCCGUGGACGAGAAGUAUCUCCGCUACAUUGUCCAUGCACGUCCUCCUACGAUUCCCACUUACAGACCAAGACCCGCCGUUACCCAUGAGCCUCCUACUCCUCCUACCCAUUCCGUUACCCAAACACUUCCUCCCACUCUGCCACCACCAUCGGUACAUGUUCCAGUGCUAGCACCUGUUUCGGCCCGCAUGGAACUCCCCCAGGGUCAUCAGUACGCACCGAACAACAAUAUCACCAUCAACUGCAUAACAGACGGUUACCCACAACCGACAGUGAACUGGUUCAAGGAUGGUCGCGUUAUGGAACCAUCCGAUAGGAUUCACAUCAGUGAGGACAACACGUUGCACAUCUCGGAUGCUCGCCAAGAGGACUCCGGUGCGUACAAAUGUCUCGCACGUAACGAACACUCGGAGGCAUUCGAAGAGAACACUAUCCGGGUGGAGGGCAUAUUCAUCCCGGCACACUGCACGGACAAUCCAUUCCUUGCCAAGUGUGCGCUGAUCGUACAGGCUCGCUUCUGCAACCACAAGUACUACGCGAGGUUCUGCUGUAGAUCCUGCACGCUGGCGGGAGAACUACGUCACUGAGAAGAAUGAAUGAGGCCAACCUACCAAUUGUCCGCGGAAUGAUUGAUUUAUUGUACAGUACGCAUGUGUGAGUGUUUUACUUUCUAGAACUAUUUUUCCCAUUAUUUGUAAGUGUAACGAACGAUAGAUUGCGACCAUGAGUCACUACCCACUCAUGUAAGAGUUCAGUUCGCGUCCAUUCUCUUCCUCUCACACACCACUCUACCUUUUACAUGUACAAGUGAACGCUGAAACCAAAUCCAUUAGGAAGUGCUCUUGCCUCCGACCUUUUCUGAAAUCUCAAGUAUGUUCCAAACUAGUGAUAAGCUAAGGAAACGACAACUUCACUCUCCUCCUAUCAUGGCAAGUGUAUUAGCAGUGUUGUGUGCUUCAGGUGUCACUAAUAAUUGUCGCCAUAGUCAAGCUCUCGCAAAUAAUGUUGUGCAUGCAUUCAACGGUUUCGAUCUUAACUUAACACCCCAAACAGAAGUCACAUGUCACACGAAUGCAUGAAUCGUUAGAUCCGAUCCUAGCUCUAGGAAUGUAAAUAUUGAAGGCAGGGAAACGGAAACGCUAUCGUAUUGAAACAAUCUAGUUUAGCAGAAAUCAGCAUUUGAAGUCCUCCUGAAUUGAUAUUGCUUCCUCAGUUAGUGUAACCAAAAGAAAAAUUUUAAGAAUUGUUCACUAGAAUAACUAAUAACUAAAAUAGAUUAUGUACUAGUAAAACUG